AGUUCAUUCCUUCUUUUGCUUUCAACUAUUUAUGUAAUGGUUCAUUCAUUGCAUUUUUUUAUCACACUCAGUUCUCAUUUUCUUUGCAUUUCUCAACUUGAUUUCAAAUAUUCAUGGAGUUACCUGUGAAACUCUUGUUUGCAGCAUGUCUCAUUCUUUCUGUCACCAUUGAUGGAACAAAGGCAGAUACAAUGCUCACUGGAACUGUCAUCUGUGACCAAUGCAAAGAUGGCCAGAGAUCUCUUUUUGAUUAUCCUGUUAAUGGUGCAAAAGUGACUCUGUCAUGUAGUGACAGCAAUGGUGAAAUAACAAUGUCAAGAGAAGAAACAACAAAUUGGUUUGGAAGCUAUACAAUGAGAUUUGAUGGUGCACCAGAUUUAUCUGGUUGUUCUGCACAUGUCUCAGGAAGUGAUAAUGGACAAGGAGGAUCAUCGAUGAGUUGUAGUGAAGCUUCUGGUCCUGCUCAAAAUCCUAGACUCAUGUUUAGGAUGUUUGACAUGGAAAUGUAUGUUGUUGAUGCUCUUCUUGCUCAGCCUCCUCAACCUAUGCAAUACUGCUCAACAACUCCCAAACCAGCUCCAACACCAUCUUUGCAGCCGCCACCAACAUUCGCGCCGCGGAUAUCUUCACCUCCUCAUUUCAACCUACCACCGAUGCCGCCACUUCCACCGCUACUUCCAAUGCCGCAGCUUCCACCGUUACCUCCAUUAGGUCCAUUACCACCCGUGAUCUUCGUAGGAGCUUCAGCAUGUCCACCACAGACAUGGUUAAUGCCGGAAUACGAAUGCUACUGGAGGGGUGUGAACAGAGACACUAAAGUAGCAGUGGCUUUUGGAAUGGUUGCAGCAAGGAGAUAUGGAACAGACAUUACAUUGUGGUAUGGAUUGAAAGGGAGAGGAGAUCCUUAUAGGACUCUUUUAAGAGAAGGGAUAACUGCACUUCUUAACUCUUAUAACAGCAUUCAAUUCCCUUAUCAUCCACUUGGUGUAAUCCAACACAUGAAUUAUGCUUUGAUGGGCUCAACUAGGGAUGUUCUUGUUACCGCUUUACACUUCAUGAGGGCUAAUUCUGGUGAAGCUGGAAAUGUUACUUGCAAAUUCACUUCUUGCAGUUAAUUUAUAUAUAUAUAUAUGAUAUAGCCAUUUUGCUAGCAUGUUUGGGAAAUGAUUAUUUUGAAAAGUUUACUUAGAAAUAUUUUGAAUGAAAAUAUUGACUAUAAAAUAAGCUAACCCAAACAUGCAUGCUAGAGUGUUAAUGUAAUGAUAUUAUAUAUAACUUUUUUAUGUAUUCUAUAAAGGAGAUUUGGUGUUGUAUAUAUGGUUUUGAAUAUGUAACAAAUGAGACAUAGUUAGUCCCAUUUUCAUAAUCAUACAUACAUUACUUCUUAUCUUAAA